AUGGAGGAUACAAGUUCCCAAGCAUUACACGGUGGGGAGAGCAAGGAUAUUGAAGAGCUUUGGCUCCGUAACCAUGCAGUACCGGCAAGCGUCGAGCAGUGCGUGCAUGAGCUCAUCAAGACAAUCGCUCAAAGCAAUCCUGCUUCGCUCGCUAUUCACGGGUGGGACGGCGAGAUGACGUACGGCGAGCUGGACGCGAUGUCGACCAAGCUGGCAGGCCAACUUGUCAGACUCGGAAUCAAGCUAGAGGACACUGUGCCGCUGUGCUUUGAGAAGUCCAUGUGGACUGUUGUCGCGAUGUUGGCAGUCCUCAAAGCGGGUGGAGCAUUUGUCCCCCUGGAUCCAGAGCAUCCAGCAAGCCGCCACAAGGAGAUCUUCGACCAGACGGGGGCUAUGAUAAUGCUGACGUCGGCCCAAUACUCAACUCUAUGGGAGGAUUCUGCCCUCAACAUUGUCACAGUGUGUGAAGCAACCAUCGCCCAGCUCCAUGUCGAGACGGACGAGAUUCAUCCUGUUGUAGAACCAGGGAACGCUGCGUACAUCAUCUUCACCUCUGGAAGUACUGGAACACCAAAAGGCGUCGUUCUGGAACAUCGAGCGGUCACUACCAGCUGCUUAGGCCAUGGGAGAGUUUUCGGGUUCACACAGCACACUCGAGCUCUUCAGUUCGCUGCCUACACGUUUGACGUAUGCAUUACUGAGACUUUCACGACCUUGAUGUUUAGAGGUUGUAUCUGCGUCCCGUCUGAGAGUCAUCGGCGCAACAAUCUAUCUAAUGCCAUUAACACUAUGGUCGUAAACUGGGCCUAUCUCACCCCGACUGUUGCACGAUUAUUAGACCCUAAAUCGAUUGUAACACUGAGGACAUUGGUGCUUGGGGCGGAAAGAAUCACGCUGGCUGAUUGCGAGGCUUGGAGAGGUCAGAUCAAGGUCAUCAAUGCAUAUGGUCCCACAGAGUCCUGUAUAUUCUGUACGGGAUAUAUCGGCAUAGAAGGCUUCAGGUCGGGAUUGCUUGGAAAGUCGAUUGCUUCUGUCAGCUGGGUGGUAGACCCAGAGAACCAUAACAAGCUGGCUCCUACAGGGUCGAUCGGGGAGCUCUUGGUUGAAGGGCCGAUCCUCGCACGUGGCUACCUCAACGACGCUGAGAAGACCAAUGCAGCUUUCAUCGGUGAUCCAACCUGGCUGUUGCGAGGUGGAGGAGGCUACCCAGGCCGACACGGCAGAAUGUACAAGACGGGCGACCUGGUCCACUACGGGCCCGAAGGCGACCUCAUCUAUAUGGGCCGCAAGGACGACCAAGUUAAGAUACGAGGCCAGCGAGUCGAGCUCGGCGAAAUCGAGCACCAUGUGCGAGAGUGCAUACCAGAGGCCAAACAGAUGGCAGUCGAAGUCAUCAUGCCUGAGGGCGAGAAACACGGUGCAAUGCUAGCAGCCUUCCUACAGCUGGAUGAAAAGAUAGGCAGUGAAAUAACGACAGAUAAAACGGCCAACUCUGGCUCACUGAUACGGGUGAUCAAUCCGGUUGAAUCAGACAAGAAACUGGCAGAGCGGCUGCCGAGCUACAUGUUACCAAAUGUGUACUUUGCCAUUGCACGGUUGCCAAUGACAGUGUCAGGAAAGACAGACAGGAAGCGGCUACGGGAGAUUGGGGCCUCAUUCUCUGCCCAAAAGCUGGCCGAGAUGCGGACAUCCAGCCAGAGACAGAAACGACUACCAUCGACAAAGGCAGAGAGGGCGAUGCAGGAGUUAUGGGCGGAAGUGCUGCAUAUCGAGCCGGAGACCAUCGGUCUGGACGACAGCUUCUUUCGACUGGGUGGUGAUUCGAUCGCAGCCAUGAAGCUUGUCGGUGAGGCUCGCAGAGCGGGGAUUCAGCUGAGCGUCGCAGACAUAUUCCGCAAUCCUACAAUUGCCGACCUGGUUGGACUGGACUACAGCAACAGUAGCAACAUGGCUGAAGACAUCCCUUCCUAUUCUCUCCUGGGUGAAGAUGUGGAGGUAGCCCACAUCCGGGAGGAAGCGGCUGCGAGCUGCAGCGUUGACGCGAGCAUUGUCGAGGACAUCUACCCAUGCUCACCGCUGCAGGAAGGACUGGUGUCGCUGACGUCGAAACGAGCCGGCGACUACAUCAUGCAGAGCGUUCUAGAGCUGCGGGCCGACAUAGAAGAAGACAUUUUGCGAGCUGCUUGGGAGCAUGUCGUCCGAUCAAUGCCAGUCUUGCGCACGCGGAUCGUGCAGAAUAGUAGGCUUGGCUUGCUGCAGGCCGUGAUGGCAGAGGACAUCCCGUGGAUUGAGGCAGAAGGACUGGAAGAGUAUCUUGAGGAGGAUAAGUCAGUCUCCAUGGGACUCGGCGAUCCGCUGACACGGUACGCCCUCGUCAAGGAAGCGAAAGAAGAGAAGCGCUGGAUGGUAUGGACAAUCCACCAUGCGCUGUACGACGGCUGGUCGAUGCCUCGGAUCGUCAGCGCGGUUACCAAGGCUUACACAGAGGGCAUAGUAGAACAGCAGCCUGGCUUCCAUGCUUUCAUCAAGUAUCUCGGCCAGCAAGACCAGGAGGUAGCGGCGCUGUACUGGCAGAAAGCUCUCGAUGACUGCCAAGCGACACUGUUCCCUCCACUGCCAGCGGCGGUGCAGCAGCCAGUCGCAGAUGCAAUAAUGCACUAUCAAUGCCCUCCACUCCCAAAGGUACCCUCCGACACAACGACGUCGACGCUCGUGCGCGCUGCUUGGGCCAUCAUCGCCAGUCGGUACACCAACUUGGACGACGUGGUGUUCGGCACCACGGUCACUGGACGGAACGCCCCUGUUUCUGACAUUGAGGCCAUGAUUGGGCCCACCAUCGCAACCGUGCCUGUGCGAGUAAAGCUAGUAGGCGAUCAGACUGUGCUUGCCUUCCUGCAGAGUUUGCAACAGCAGGCAACGGAGAUGAUCCCAUACGAGCAGACGGGGCUACAGCACAUAGCCAAGAUCGCACCGGGCACCCGGCAUGCUUGCGGCUUCCAAACGCUGCUUGUUGUACAGCCUGUAAGCAAUGAUCUUAAGAGUGAUGAGGGACUGGGGGAAUGGCGUGGACGCUCCGAGCUUCAGGACUUCACGACAUAUGGACUGAUGCUGCAGUGCACACUGGCCGCCGAAGGGGUUCAGAUCGAGGCUAGCUUCGACAAGCGGGUCUUAGAGGAAUGGUUAGUUAAGAAGCUGCUGAGCCAGUUCAGCGUCGUCAUGCAACAACUGGCUAGAGCUAAGCCAGAAGAUAAGGUGGCGGAUAUCGACGCGCUCACACCCGAGGACAGGACGGAGCUGUGGGCAUGGAACCGUGAAAUACCAGCGGCGGUUGAACGAUGCCUUCAUGGCUUGUUUGAAGAGCAGGCCAUGGCGCGGCCCGAUGCGCCUGCUGUCUGUGCUUGGGACGGCGAGAUGACGUAUGGCGAGCUGGACGCGCUGUCGACUAGACUGGCAGGCCACCUCGUGGCCCUUGGUGUCAGGCCCAAUAACAUUGUUCCGCUGUGCUUUGAGAAGUCAAUGUGGACAAUAGUGUCGAUGGUGGCGGUGCUCAAGGCAGGGGGAGCAUUUCUCCUUCUUGAUCCAUCUCUGCCCUACGAGCGUCUGAAAUUGAUGUGCAGCAGAUCAUCCAGUACGCUCGCACUAGCAUCUCAAGCGAGCGCCCCAGUCGUGGAAGGUUUAGUUAAGGCCGUUGUGGUCAUCACGAGAGAUUCGAUGGUGCAGUUCAGUCGAAAAUACCCAUGGAGCGUCACUGUACAGCCUAUAGAUACUGCCUAUGUCAUCUUUACAUCUGGAAGCACGGGUGAACCGAAGGGAUGCAGAAUCGCGCAUCAGUCAGCGUGCUCUGCCGUAGUUGGCCACGGUCACUACGUCGGAAUGCAGACAGGUACUCGAACACUGCAGUUUGGAUCUUACUCUUUCGCUGGGUCAUUAGCCGAAAUUCUUCUGUCUCUUGUUCAUGGGGGCUGCAUUUGCAUCCCAACCGACGAGGAACGAACAAGUCAUCUGGCAUCGGCUAUCUCAAAGAUGAAGAUAAACUGGGCAUUCCUUACUUCCACUGUCCUCGAUCUCCUUAACCCUGAGUUGGUCCCAUCAUUGACUACUCUAUGCAUAGGUGGGGAGCCUAUACGAAUUUCUCAGAUUAGGCAGUGGGAAGCCCAGGUGCACCUGCGGCAAACAUACGGAAGUAGCGAGACAUCCGGUUUCGUCUCAUCCAUAAGACUAAAUAGUACCUCCACAACUAAGGAUGUAGGCCGAGCCAGCACAGGUAUCUACUGGAUCGUCAAUCUAAAUGACCACAAUAGGCUUGUUCCAACAGGAGCCAUUGGUGAGGUGCUGAUUGAAGGGCCUAUACUCGGCGUGGAGUACAUUGACAAGCCAGACAAGACAGCCGCCACUUUCAUCAAGGCACCUGCAUGGAGAGCAUUCUUCGGAACAGACGGAUGUGGAUCUCGUCUAUACAAGACUGGAGACCUGGCUAGGCACAAGCAAGAUGGGUCGAUUGAGCUGCUAGGGCAGAAAGACAAUCAGGUUAAGCUUCGCGGGCAGCGUAUUGAACUAGGAGAGAUAGAGCAUCAAGCUCAGCAGGCAAAGGCUAACGACAGACUAGAGCGAUUUCUUCCACGGUACAUGGUGCCAACAGUGUUCAUUCCAAUACCACAACUGCCGGCGACGUCAUUAAAGAAGAUUGACCGGAAGCGACUGCGAGAGAUUGGGGCCUCGUUCUCGGCCCAGCAACUGGUCGAGAUGCGAACUUUCAGCCAGGGACUGAAGCGACUACCAUUGAUAAAGGCAGAGAGUGCGAUGCAAAAGCUAUGGGCUGAAGUGCUGCACAUUGAGCCAGAGAGCAUCGGUCUGGACGACAGCUUUUUCCGCCUGGGUGGUGACUCGAUCGCAGCCAUGAAGCUUGUCGGCGAGGCCUGCAGAACAGGGAUGCAGUUAAGCGUCGCAGACAUCUUUUGUAAUCUACGCCUAGAACAGGUGACCUCAACUGCCAUUAGAUCGACUUGCGACCCUCCCGCCGCUAUUGCGCAUGUUAAUCAUGUUGGGCCUGUCGAGCAAUCGUUUGCGCAAGGCCGGCUGUGGUUCUUGGAAGAACUGCACCCAGGUCUGACUUGGUAUCUUGUGCCGGUUGCAAUGCAUAUUAAGGGCCCCCUCCAACUUACGGCCCUCAAUUCCGCCCUUCUUGCGAUUGAAAAUCGCCAUGAAACGUUACGCACGACCUUCGCUACCAUUGGCGGUACAAUCUACCGCAUUAAGGAAGACGAUCACGUGCUGUCUAUUGUCAUGCAUCACAUUGUCUCGGACGGUUGGUCUGUCGAUGUGCUUAUGCGUGAACUGUCUGCAUUUUACUCAGCCGCUAUCGCAGGACAGGAUCCGCUCUCUCAAGUACAACCUUUGCCUAUUCAGUACUGUGACUUUUCUGUUUGGCAGAGACAGCAAGCUCAGGUGGAUGAGCACCAGAGGCAGCUGAGCUACUGGCUCACGCAGCUACAGACAAGCCGACCGGCAGAGCUCCUUUGUGACAAGCCUAGACCCGCCACGUUGUCUGGAAAAGCCGAUGUGCGGACGUUAGAGAUUAGCGGCCUAUUAUAUGCCAAGUUGGAACAAUUCUGUAAAGUGCAUGGGGUGACUUUCUUUGUGGCCCUGCUUGCUGCUUUCCGGGUCCACGGUGUAACAGUUGCUUCCCUUGCAAACCAGGACGUUCCAUUUGAGCGCAUUGUCUCUCAGCUUAAGCAAGAUAGAGACCUAUCUCGUCACCCGAUUGUGCAGCUUGUUUUUGCUGUACACUCUCAGCGAAACUUAGGACAGCUCAUGCUAGCGGGCGUAGAAACGGAGGGGUUGCAUGGAGCAACAAGCACGAGGUUUGAUCUUGAGUUCCACUUCUUCCAGCAUCCGGACGGACUACAGGGUAGUGUCUUCUACUCGACUGACCUCUAUGCUCCAGAGACGAUUGACAACAUGCUGUCACUCUAUUCUAACGUUCUAGAAGCAUGUCUCAAGGAGCUGGAGGCGGUGGCUGCCUCUAUUCCGCUACUGACUGAGGCUGAUUAUCACAAGCUGAACGCAAUGGGCCUUGUUUGUGUUAAAGAGACCGCCUACCCGCGCGAGUCAAGCAUUGUCGACCUCUUCCGCCAUGAAGCCUCUGCCUAUCCAUCAAGGAUUGCCGUGAAAGAUGCUUCAAUCGAGAUGAGCUACAAUCAGCUAGACAGGGCGUCCGAUGUACUUGCUCGGUGGCUGGCACAGUGGGCAUUUGCUCCUGAGAGUUUGGCUUACCAUGAGUCGAAAAUGUCUACAUGUACUAUGGUCGUCGGGCCGUCAGCGACGAGCCUUGCCUAUGUCAUGUUCACUUCGGGAUCGACAGGCCAGCCGAAGGGAGUUAUGGUGGAACACCGCGGCAUUGUGCGCUUGGUGAGAGACAACAACCUUGUUCAGCACCUGCCGGCUUCCCGGGUUAUGGCACACAUGACCAACCUAGCUUUUGACGUGUCGACAUGGGAGAUAUAUGCCUGCCUGUUGAACGGUGGAACGCUCGUAUGCAUUGACGCAAUGGUAGUUCUGGACCCAGAGGCUAUGCUUCAGAUAUUCAACAGACACGACAUCUGGAUGGCCGUGCUCACUCCGGCGCUUUUCAGGCACUACACUAUAGAGUGCCCCGCCCUAUUUGCUGCAAUCGAAAUGCUUUGCUUAGGAGGUGAAGCACUGUACCCGCGAGACUUCUUCGCCACAGAAAACCUCCUUACAUGCACGCUUAUUAAUUACUAUGGUCUAACUAAGAACACAGGUAUAAGCACAAGCUUUGUUUUGCAAAAGGAUAAGAAGUACACUAAUAGCGUACCUAUUGGCCGUGCACUUAGUAACUUGGGUGCCUACGUUAUAGAUUUAAACCUGUAA